AUGAAUAUGUUGGAUGAUGAAGAUGACCAAAGCUUUCACGCUACGCGUGAUGGCUACUCCCAUUUGAGCGAUGUCGAAUGGGAUGCGGUUGAACGAAUGGGUUCGACCAUGGGCAUCCAUGCUGUUAGCGUCAUGCUAGAGGCUCUCAAUAGAGAUGCCCAACAUGCUACUAUCGCCAAGUUGAUUCAAAAUGAACUUGACGCCGAACGCGAGAAAGUAGCCUUGCUUCACCAACAAGGUUGUCAAAAAGCAGAGUUGUUGAGAGAACAGGGUGCUCAACAGUUUGAACUGUUGAGACAGCAGCAGGCUGCUGCUGGCGGGUCAAUGCACUCGCGUCGACCCGAGACCUUGAAGAUUGACAUCUCCAAGGCGCGUCGCAUCGACGACGGGGAUAUGCAAGCCGCAUUUGCCCAGUCAAAUCUGGCAGGACGUGCCAAGACUUGGGCACUGGUGCUCAAGUUGCACGACCCAUAUGCGUUUGGGUCGUUGGAAGUCUUCAAGUGGCGGCUCAGACAAACGUUUGAACCGCCUGGAGCUGAGUUCAGAGCUCGAACCGAACUCUUGAAGCUCAAGCAGGGCAAGCGUGAUGUGCACGCUUACGCGCAGCAUAUACGACAUCUUACGAGUUGUAUAAGCUCCAAUCCGGUGGAUGAACACACGUUGGUUUCGGUGUUCAUGCAGGGUCUUGCGGAUGGUCCCGUCAAGACUUACCUGUUCUGA